AAAAUCCGGGGCGGGAAAGAGGCGCGAGGAAGAUGACGUCAGGUGCUCACGCCGGAAGUGCCUGUGGUAGAGUGUUUGCUGGGACCCGGCGGCGAAAGGUUGGACCCCCCGCCCCCGAAAAAUAAAGUGGGCGGGAGGGGGCGGGAAGAGAAGAGGGGCAGUGCGGUGGGAGGAGGGAGCGCGGCUGAGGAGAGCGGCGGAAGGGGGCGGGGCUCAGGUGGGUUGUCAUAGAGACCGCCUGCAGUGGGGAGGGGGGCUGAGGGGGCGGGGCGGGUGGAAGGGGAGACUUGCGCCCUUUGGGGUGAAGUUGAGGAGAGGUCUCCGUUGAGGUAGGUGCAAAAGAGGUUGCGGGAGGGCCCGGGAUUGAGAAGGGGGUAAGGGGGGUGCAGAAUGAUGGGAUCGGCGUCGUGUUUUGAUUCUUAGCUAUUAUGUAUUAUCCUAUUUACACCCUUCCUUUAUUCCCGGGAGAUCAGCGUAUUCUCCCCUUCCCCGUUUUAUCCCCACUGGGCAGCUGGCUUCAUGAGCAAAUGGUUGUUUGAAUCCUGGUCUCGCGGGCACGGGUGCGACACUCUAGCUCAGCCUUUCCCAACCUCAGGUCCCUCCCCAGGUGUCGCUGGAUGGUCCUGCUAGCUAGGGAUGAGGGGAAUUGUAGUCUAGUAACACCUGGAGACCGCCCAGCAGAUGCCACAAGACUCUGCAUGUCGCAUAUGGCUGUUCUUGUUCUCCGAUAUUGAACUAGUUAGCAUGGGGGUUUUCCCCACCCCAGGCUUUUCAGAGGCAAUUUUCACUUGUGAACACUAUCCGGUCACAGGUGUUUCCUGAAGCGGGAUCCUUUGGCCAGCAUCAAAUGUAGUUGGACUAUAUGCUUUGGAUGUAGAAUGUUCUAGACAGGUUGAAUGCUGUCAUAAUUACCUUAAAAGAAAAACAAAUCAUGUAUCAGGUGGUGGAAGGGGUCUUCCUUUCUAGGGAGCUACCACCAGUCAGCAUAGACUGGGCUAGAGAAAUAGUCUGACCUGUUAAAAUCUGUUGUUGUUGUUCAGUCAUUUAGUUGUGUCCGACUCUUCGUGACCCCAUGGACGAGAGCACGCCAGGAACUUGUUAAAAUCUAGCCCUCUAUAAAAACAUCAAAUGCAUGGAUUGCUUCCCAGACAACAGUAGGAAUAUAAGAUGCUGUUUUAUACCCAAACCAUUAGUCCACCCAGCUCAGUAUUGCCACACCAACUACACUUAUCCAGGGUUUCAGGCAUGAGACACUCCCAGCCCUAACUCAAGAUGGGCAGGUCCCCUGGGAUCAUCUGCAUGCAAAGUAGAUGCUCUACUACUGAGCUAUGACCCUUCCCCCAUCCAUCGUCUCCGGAAUCAGAUCCAGAAACCUAAGAGCAUAGGCUGAUAAAGAGUGUUUUCCAUGCCACUUUUGUGUGUGCUCUUUUAUGGGAGACGUAUUAUUAUUAUUAUUACAUUUUGACCUUUAUGCACUAAUGCACAAUUGUACAGACCCAGUCCUUUGAAAUAAAUGGCAAUAGUUCAGUGCAAAUUUAGGUGUGCUCAACUCUUUGUUGUAUUGUGGCCAAAGAUUAUAAAAGCAAUCCACUUUUCUGAUUCCACGUCAAGACCCAACUUGAAAGAAAAAAAUAUGCAUGAGGCAUGCUAUCUACUUUAUACCUCACCCCCCAUUAACGUCAUCUCUCCCAUUUAUUUGUUAAAUGCUGCCCUUCCCCCCACCCUAUAUUUAGAAUAAUAAUAAUUCUUAAGUGUUUAAAAGAUACUCACCAAAAGGCACUUUGCAAUUUAAAGCUUCAGCAAAAGUAACACAACUCUGUCUUUAGGCUUGCAAUCUAAAUAGUGACAUAAGGGAAAGGGUUUUUUGAAGGGUUUGGCUUUUUUACAAGCAAGUAGUAUAUAGAUAAAUCUGGGAAUAAUGUAUAUUUUGAAAGGAUUCAACCUUCCCCUAAGGUUAAGGUUUAAUGACUCCCAUCUAUCAGUAACUAAAGAAGCCUCUUUUAUUAUUUUGUUUAUAUGAAUUGUAACUAAUCGAGUUAUGUCUCUUGGCAUUAAACCUAGUUAUAUAAUAGAUUUGGAGCAAAUCCGGAAUUGAUAAUUCCUUACCUGAAAGAGUAAUCAAUUUUUCACGUAAUGGCAUCAAUUCCUUUUGGACCAGUUAAUAAAGUAUCCUGAUAUUUUACCAAAAGCAUCUAUUGUUUGCAUCAAUAUAGGAAUACUAGUUUGGUACCACCUGAAAAUAAAAUCAAUUUAUAUUCAACUGAAUUAUGAACCGCUGUGGUGUGAAUCUCACAAUGUUGUCUAAUAGCGCAAGCUAGGGGGUUCUAAACAAUUAUUUAAAAAGCAAACGUGAAAGUGAACAUCCUUGUCUAGUUCCUCAAGGCAGUGAAAAGGUGGUGGACAGGAUACCAUUCACUUUAACUCUAGAUUUAGUUGAAUCAUACACUACUUUUAUCCAUUUUAUAAAAACUAAAGGGAAAACCAAUUUAGUUAAAGCUACCCCUAUAUACAGGGGCGCGGGUGGCGCUGUGGGUUAAACCACAGAGCUUAGGACUUGCCGAUCAGAAGGUUGGCGGUUCAAAUCCCCACGACGGGGUGAGCUCCCAUUGCUUGGUCCCUGCUCCUGCCAACCUAGCAGUUCAAAAGCACAUCAAAGUGCAAGUAGGAAGCGGGAAGGUAAAUGGCGUUUCCGUGUGCUGCUCUGAUUUGCCAGAAGUGGCUUAGUCAUGCUGGUCACAUGACCCAGAAGCUGUACGCCGACUCCCUCGGCCACUAAAGCAAGAUGAGCGCCGCAACCCCAGAGUCGUCCACAACUGGACGUAAUGGUCAGGGGUCCCUUUACCUUUACCUUUAUAUACAUAAAUAUUGUUGAAAACCAUUUCAUGCCUAAUGAUAUAAUUAAAAAUUGUCUUUAUUUUUAUUUAAAUCUUACAAAUCCACCACUAAUCUAAUAUUAUUUGCUGCCUCAUUUUUAUAAAGCCAGUCUGGUCAUUCUCCGUAACCACCACUAUUACUUGCUGAAUUCUAUUUGCUUGGGUCGUUGUUAAAAUCUUUGUAUCAACUUUACUCAGCUUGUCUGAUUUGGUAUAGCUGUAAUAUAAGCUUGAUUAAAUGCCAUUGAUAAAAUACCUUUGUCACACAUCUCUUCAUACAGUUGAUGAGGUUUUGGUACUAGUAGAUCAAUGUAUGUCUUAUAUUAUUCAAUAGGAAAUCGUGGUGUUUUACCAGUUGUCAUUUUAAGAAUAGUUUGCUUGAUUUCUGCUUCUGAUAUUGGUGAAAAAUAACAUUUGCAUUUGUCAAUAAUCUAAAUAAGAUAAUUUUAUUUUAUUUUUUAAAGCUUCUACACCCUCAUAAGCUAUGAUCUUUAGUUUAUUAUCUAAUUCCAAAUAACAUUUUAAAAAAUAAUCAUUAAUAUCUUUUAAGUUUUUAUAAACUUCUCCUUUCUCCCCUCUACUACUUUGGAUUAUUGUCUUAUCCCAGUUUGACAAAAUUUUACCUAGUCUUUCGCAAAACAAGUAUUAACACCUGGAUCUUAACACAUACUUUGCAAGAACCUUUAUUGAACUACAGAACUCCUUAACACAUUCUUUGGAGCAAGUCCAGUUGGCUUCAAUGGGAUUUACUCCCAAGACAGCAAACGUAGAAUCCUAGUCAUUAUAAAGAAAUAUCCCUUGAUCAGAUGAAUUAGGUUGGAAAGUUAAGGUGUGGUCAAAAGUGAGUGGUAACAGUAGUGGGUUUGGGAAUCAUUAGAGCACUAUGCAGUGAUUGGAGAAGAGGAGAAAAUCUGGCCUCAGUGACUUAUAUGGUUCUUGUUACACCUACAGAAGAAAUGGCCCCAGAGGAAUCCCAAUCCCUGUCGGGUUCUGAGGAGCAAGAAGACAAUUGGCAGCUACCUGCUAAGCAACUAUCUGAUAAUACAGACAACUACUUAAGGUAAAUAUGCCCUCUUUCCCAUUGAAAUGCUAGGUAGGGAAGAAAGUUAGGUGGAACCAAUAUGCAUUGUGGUCCAACUCCUUGCUGCUCGGCUAUCCAUUCAGCAAUUGUCUGUGGAAAGGUCCUCUGAUAAAUCUAAACCAGGGGUUGGGACCUGGAUGGGGCUAGCAGUCCAGAGACUUCCCUUCCCCCAAACCUUUUGGACCAAGUCUGAGAGGAGAGCUGAGACACCUACCUGUCAGGCACCUGAUGUCACAUUGAUGUUGGGUCCCUUGUUUUCCUUUGAUCAUGCCAUGUGAAACCAAACAUAAGGACUGGCAGCUGAAAAUCAUAGGCUUUCAAAGGCACUACUAUAUUUUGCACUGGACAGACAAAAAUCCCACAGUUUUUGCAUGUUGUGAUCUGCACAUUCGGUUUAAAAGGGAGUUCUCCUUCACAUUGUACAUUGCUGGUUUUUCUAUAUUAACCGCCCUGUGCCAUGUUGUUGUUUAAAGUGCAUCUGAGGCAGAGUGUGUCAUUUUUUAUUUUUUUAUUUAAGAUGUUCGUAUUUGGUUUUUGAGCAGAACUAAUACUGUAUUUUGAUGUCCCACAGGUAAAUGUUUCCAUAACCUUAUGGAGAGAAAGGACUUUGAAGCAUGGCUUGAUAAUAUUUCUGUUACGUUUCUCUCUCUGACGGACUUGCAGAAAAAUGAGUCGUUGGAUCACCUGAUUAGCUUGAGUGGGGCUAUCCAGCUCAGGCACCUCUCCAAUAACCUAGAGACCCUCCUCAAACGGGACUUCCUCAAACUCCUCCCGUUGGAACUCAGUUUUUAUUUGUUAAAAUGGCUUGACCCUCAGACCUUACUCACGUGCUGCCUCGUCUCUAAGCAAUGGAACAAGGUCAUAAGUGCCUGUAUGGAGGUGUGGCAGACUGCCUGUAGAAAACUGGGCUGGCAGAUUGAUGACUCUGUCCAAGAUGCUUUGCACUGGAAGAAGGUGUACUUGAAGGCCAUCUUAAGGAUGAAGCAACUAGAGGACCACAAAGCCUUUGAGACCUCCUCACUGAUUGGACACAGUGCCAGAGUGUACGCACUUUACUAUAAAGAUGGACUUCUUUGUACAGGUAGGAUGGCCCAAAUGGCUUGGGUGUAGUGGUGCAAUGAGAAUUAGUGUUGUGUAUGUGUGUGAGAGGGCUGUGAGCCAGGAAGUCACCAAUUUAUUUAUUUCACAAAAUGUAUACACUUGGUUUUUCAAAAUACAUCAAAAGAUAAAACAAUAAAAUUAUACCUAGGAACACGUACAAUAAUACAGGCAACUUUCCACUUACGUGGGGGUUACGUAACCCCCCCCCCCAAAAAAAACAUAAAUGAAAUGUGCGUAAGUGGGGAGCUUGAGUGGCUUUGUUUUUUGUUCUCCCCCCCCCAUCCACUUUUGUUUGCCCUUGUUCUGCUCCUUCCCUUCUAAUCUAAAGGGCAAUGAAGACUCCCUUCCUCCCCUCUUCACCUUCAAUCUUGGCAGGAAGGAUAGGGAAGCCGCGCAGCUGAGCCCGCUGCAAGGAGCAGCUUCCUGCCUUUCAGCUUCCCACACAUGAAUUUGGAACCUGCAGCCCUGUUGACACAUUUUAAAGCUUUUGUUCUUCAUUAGGUGGAUAUAGAAGGCAUUAUUUCCAGGGGAGCCCCCACUCCUCACCAGAGAGGCUGGGAAAGCCGCACAGACAGGACUUGCGAAGUGGCUUUCACAGUUCUGAGCUGGUGAGCAUGAUGAUGCAGCAGCAGCAGGGCCCCCGUGCGCCUUUUUCAGGCCUUCAUAAUCUAUAGAAAAAAUCAUUUUCCAGGGAGGGUCUCCUUGCAAGCCACGGGGACUCUGCUGCUCUCCUGCCAUUUCCAGGUUUGAAUAGAAUUAUUUUUAAUUUCCCGGUGCGUGUAUGCGGUUGCACAUGAGUCGAAUAUGCGUAAGGGGUGGUGCCUGUAUUUUAAAACACACAAAACUUUGAAAUGCUAAAACAAGUUAAAACUCACAUCAACUUUCUAAGCAUCUGGGUAGGCUUGUCUAAACAAGAAUAUAUUUAGCAGGCACCUAAAAGAAUACAGUGAAGGCAGCUGCUUGCUAUUAAUAGGCAGGGAGUUCCAAAGUGUAAGUGCUGCUACAAUAAAUGAUUGAGUUCUUACAAAUGCAGAAUGGGUAUUAUAUGGCACUUGUGGUAGUACCACUUCCGCUGAUUGAAGCGGUCAAGUGGGCACACGUUGGGUAAGCUGAUCUCUUAGGUAAACUGGCCCCAAGUUAUUAUGGCCAUUAUAUACUGAUAGUAACACCUUGAACUUGGCCUGGUAACAAAUUGGUAACCAGUGCAGAUCACUGAACAGGCACUAUAUGCUGACAAGGCCUCACUCCUGUCAGCAAUUGUGCUGCAGCAUUCUGCAUUAAUUGCAGCUUCUGGAUCAAGUGCAAGGGAAGCCCCCCAUAGAGCAUAUUGCAAUCUUGAAGUAACCAAUUCAUGAUCUACUGUGGCCAGACUUUCCCAGUUCAGGAAUGUCUAUAACUGUUAAACCAGUCACAGUUGGUAAAAGGCACUUCCAACCACUGUAUAUACAUGAGCCUCCAGUGACAGAGCUGGAUCCAGAAGCACUCCCAAACAGUGAACCUGCUCCGUAAGGGGGAGUGCAAGCCCAGCAAGGACAGGCAAUUAACCAUUUGCUGUAGUGAAGAUGUUAGGGUGUUGAUUCCUUGGAAUAGUUAAAAGGGCAGGGGGAAUGGUAACUGAUGGGAUCACUUAAUUGAAAUCAAAUGACUGCCAAGUGACCCUAGGUUUCAGAUCCUUUCCUGGAACAUUGUGGGCUUGAGGAAAAAGGCCAAUGACCCUGAAUUUAUUAGUUUUAUUAAAUCUUUUGAUGUUAUUUUACUAUAAGAAACGUGGACUUUUUACAAAAUUAAUUUGAUAGGAUAUAAAUUACAUUCUAUUUUAGUCCACAAAUCCUAACCCUUCUUUGUGCAUGGCAGACUAAACUUAAAAUCACUACCCUCAAGACUUUUGAGGGAUUUUGACCACCCCUUGGAACUUUGUAUUAUGAAAUAAAAAUAGUAAAGAAGAAAAGAUUGGUAACAACUGGAUUGACUGUCUGUUAAGCACUCGGAAGAGAGAAAAAACUGACUGGAGUUGGAGGUAAUGGAACAGAGGACUGGCAAGAUGGACUCCAGGAAGAUUUAUUUGUUUAGUGGGGAGGAUGGAGAGGAGAUACAGAUUUUGUUGAGAUUACAUUGGCCCACCCCCUUGAAGGUUAAAGUUGGAAAUAAGAACAGUGAAAGGGACAGGAUGGACCAUAGUAUGUACCAUCUUGAUGGCUUCUGAAACUUUCAGACAGAAAAGAAGAGAGAUGGGUUGUGUUUAUUUAUUUAUGAUGUGGUUGUAUGUAAAAUUGGGGAUCAAAUAUGAAAUGUGAAGGGUGGGUGACACUGGAAGAUUGGCAGUCUUAGAGGUGGGGAAUGUAUAUUAUAUAUUUAUACCAAAAAAAAAAAAAAAAUCCAGGGGCUUCAUAUUUACCCUCUGCACUUCACACCAGUGAGGCUGAGUUGUUGAUUACUGGGGCCAGAUGUCAGACAACAAUGUUCAAGGCCAUAUUAGGAAGGAAUGUACAUCAGUUGUUUGGGAGGAAGCAAGAUCUGUUUUUCCCAGGCAACGUGUUACUCAAGAGGUAUCAGAAGGAGAUGUUUGACAUACCUCUGGGUGAAGUUGCUGUUGUGGUCUGUCUCUCACACGGGACCGGGCGAGGUAAAUACAUCGCCGAGGCCUGCACCUCAACCCGUAAUUCCCAAUAACCAUCCCCAGCAGUUUCAUAUACAGUGGUACCUUGGUUUUAGAACAGCUUAGUUUAUGAACAACUUGGAAAUAGAAUGCUGCAAACUCGGAAGUAGGUGUUCUGGUUUGUGAAUUUUGCCUUGGAAGCGGAACAUGUUCUGCUUCCUGUUGAGUGUGUUCCAUUUGUAAAUUGAGUCCCCCACUGCUAAUCAGAGGCUUCCUGCUGAGUCCCAAGCACCCAUGCAACACAGAGAUGAUAUUUGGAGCUUUUGUUUUUGCUAAAAAAAAAUGGCGUUUUUGUUUGUGUGGCUUUUUCGUUUUUUGACAUUUUAACAGCUUUCUGGCUGUUGGGAACUUCAUCAAAAACAUGAGAUUCAUCUGGCAUGACUUGUUUUUGAGAAACCCAUGCUGGGUUGUAGUAAUCACAGCAUCUUUUUCUAAUUGCUUACCAACUGUUUAGUUAUCUGGGACCAUUCCUGCUACUGAUGUCAAGUUCACCGGUAGGUAGUUACCUGGGCUUCCCCUCCCCCCACACCUUUUGAAGAUGGGGAGAACAUUUGCCCAUCUCCAGUCCACAGGGACUUCCCAUAUUCACCAAGAAUUCUCAAAGAUUAUAGACAGAGGUUCUGAGAUUACAUCCACAAGAUCCUUUAGUACCCUUGGGUGCAGCUCAACAGGCCCUGGAGAUUUGAAUUCAUUUAAAGUAGCUAGAUGUUCCCUUACUAUCUCUUUCCCUAUCUUGGGCUGCAACUCCCUCCUUGCAUCAUUUAUUCUGUAAUCACCAGGUUGUGCACUGCUUUCCCUUCAAAGCUGUACAUGUCUUGGACCUGGAGGAGGUGAUCCUUCAGGAACUCAACCCGAGAUGGCAUAUGUGCUGAGAUAAUCUUCAAAGACCCUACCUUCUGGGUGAGGUGGUUUCCAACUGAGGAGAGAGUCUUCUUAAUGGUGGCACCUGCCUUUAGAUCUCAUUCCUGAAGAAGGCAUAUAUUUACUAUCUCGGGUACCAGGAGAAGUCUUCCUACAUUUCCUCAGGCCUUUAAAUCCACAUUAGACUGUUUUACAUGUUGAUUUUAUCUACUGUUUUUAUUCUUACAGAAUGUUAUCAUUGGGUUCCUACUACUUGGUAGAUUGUAUUGUUCAUCAGACAUUUAAGGUGUCCUUAGAAAUGUUUUGUCAUUGUAGGCCAAAUACUGUGGAACUCCCUUUCAUUGGAGGUCAGGGCACCCUACAUAUUGAAAUUCCAGCACCUACAGAAGACAUUUUAAAUAUUUCAGCAGGUGUUUUAACUGAAUUCUGAUUUUAUAGUUUUAACUGAUUUUUAUCUUUAUUGUGGAGUUGUUUGCACACCACUCAGGGACUCUCAUGAUUAAUUGGUACAAGCAACUCCCAUUUUGUGCGCGUUCAAGGAACACAUGACCGCUGGUGCAUGCACAGUUUUCAGCCCCAGAAGUGGGAGGGAGGGCUUAUGCGUGCCCUGCCGACACACAUGAUGACCCCCCCACUUGGGAAGUUGCCUGUAUAUAAAUUGCCAGAGUAAGUAAUACUACUGGGAGGUGGCAUAUAUAAGAAGAGCCUUGCUGGAACAGGCCUAUGGCCCAUCCAGUCCAUCUUCUCACAGUGGCCAACCAGAUGCUUGCAGGAUACACAUGAACAGGAUUCAAGCACAAGAGCACUCUCCUCUCUUGAGGUUUCCAGCAGCUGGUAUUCUGAUGCUUUAUUGCUUUCAACUGUGGAGGCAGAACAUAGCUAUUGUGAACCUUUUCGUCCAUGAAUUUGUCUACUCUUUUGAAAGCAUCCCAAGUUGGUGACCACCACUGCCUCCUGUGGGAGCAAGUGCCAUAGUUCAGCUAUUCACCACAUGAAAUAGUACUUUUCUUAUCUGUCCUGGAUCUUCCAAUAUUCAGCUUCAUUGAGUGGGCUGAGGCUGGAAGGCUUGUCUAAAGCUGCUUAGUGAUGUUAUAGCAAGACCAAGAUCUGAAUAGGAGAUUUGAUCAUUCACAGCUCACCAUAGGCCAUGAUCAGGCCCCACGGAUCCCAGACCUUGUUCUAGCCACAAGCUUUCACUAACAUUGUAGAAAUGUAUUUCAUAAAAGCAUGCAGUGUCUGUAUGCUACACUACAAUAAGCUAUGGUUUGUUGUGAUAGGAACAAGCCUGGUGUCCCUCCCCAGGCUUGCCUGGUCUCCCCUGACAGAUUCAAGGACAAGCUUCGAAGCUUUUGCCUCUAUUUAACUGCAGCUUGCCAUCUUGCAGAAACCCAAUACACUGUGAUUCAUUUUUACUAUGUUGCAACAAACCAGCAUCAGACCACUGUUUAUAAAGUUGGCAUGUUUCCACAGAAAUUAUGUGUAGCCGCACUUUAGAGUUCAUGUGUCAUGCUAAACUCUGGCUAAUAAGAAGCAAAAAUUUCCAGUUUCCUUGCACCAGAGUACAGAGCAUAUGAGCCUAGGAGUAGGCUAAUCUUGUUGCUAUUGUGUUAACCAUAGUUUAUUGUGAUGUUUGAACACAGCCAAUGUGUGCUAAUAUUAAAGAAAGGCCUCUUCAGCAUUCUAAAACCUACAAUACAUUCUGAGGAGGAGGAGGCUGCUCCUUUGGCUUCACACCAGUCUUCCCUACAAAUUCCCCUACCAUGGAUCUGCUGUGGAGUGUGGAUCUCCCUGUGAGGGUGGCUUUUUGGUGGUGGGGUGGGGCUUAAAACCAAAUGCUCAAAUUAUCCAUUAAUGAAAGGGCAGCAAGGGGACAGGCAGCAUUGAUUUGUUUAUACAAAAAGCAGCUGACCUAAUAUAAACAAUCAUUUCUGUCUGGAAAAGUGAAGGAUUUAUUUGCAAGCCAAAGUUUUUAAUCCUUUGAGACUUCCUACUAGCGAGAGAGUUAAUUGUCACAGAUUCUAUCAUGUGUGACCAAAAGCUUCAUCUUCCACUAUUGGAGGCUAAUGAUUUUGCAUGACUAGGACUUUCUGUUCUGCACCAAUCACUUCUCUUCCCAAAUCAAAAUUAUUGAGUUGGAAUCAAUUAUGUGCCACAAGUGUAUCUGCAUUCUUGUUUGCUUAAUUGCGCUCACUUGUUCUGCAUCAUAAACUCAGGCUUGGAAAUCCUUGUCAAUGACAGGAAGGGCAUGGAUAUAUUUCUGAGUUUUCUCCUGCAUGCAUGAGAACUAGAAGCUUGUUUUAUUUUUAAAUGCCAAGCAGAUAUCCCCCCCCCCCAAGAUAUUCAAAAUAGUUUUAAAGCAGGAAUGUCUUUCCUUUUUGGGGCUGAGGGCUGCAUUGACCUAUGUGCAAUCCUCCAGGGGCCACUUACCAAAGUGAGCAUAGCACAGAAAUAAUAGAUCAAUUCUGAGGGAACUUGGGAGAUCACAGAAAAUUUUCAGCAGAAUAAUAUCAUGGUGGGGUACUUUUGGGAGCAGAGAGCUGUCAGCAGGGUUUACUUUUUCAUUGUAAAAUUGGGGUGGGGGGGGAUCUCAGAUACCUUUUUAAGAAAGUUUGACAUCACAACUUUAAAGCUUUCUUGUGCCAAUAAUUUCCAAAUUAAAUGGUAUAGAAGAACAGCUAAAGUGCCAAUUCCCAUGUGCCCAAUAACUUGCCUGAAUAGAAUACUGCCCUUUGUGUCUCUGUGUGUGAUUGAGUGCUCAACUUUCCCUCCUUCCAUUCAGCCCCUGGGUAGGUAAUUAUGCACUGUGGUUUUAGGGAUGAUCAGAUUAUUCAAGGCACUCUUUUGUGGCAGACUUGCCCUCUCCACCCAAUUUGCCCUGUUGCAUUUAUGUAUGAGCCAUUGGUCUAGGCAUGCCUUGGGAUCAGAGUGGAACGAGUACUAAUACAGAAACACUGAGGACACACUCCUCUUUGAAUGGGUUAUUUUUCUUUUCAUUUGUUAUGAAAGUAAAACAGUUUCAGGUGUUAAAAAAAUAGGCCUCCAAAUUUUGAUCAGAUGUUUGGGAAACAAUGAGACAGACUCUAACCAGUGGCUCUUUCUAGAUGGGUCACUGAGAAGCUUAAGUAGUGGCUGGCCAAGUAGUGAAACUAUGGCUGAUCUGAACUCAAUUCUCCCAGGUCCUGGUUGGAUGCCAUUGUUUUGUGGAUCAUGUUGGAUACCUUCUGAACCUUCUGACUUCUCAGCCACUAAACCACACUUCAUUUCUUCCUUUGCGGCCGCAGGUUCAGAUGACUUGUCUGCAAAGCUAUGGGAUGUGAGCACAGGGCAAUGCAUCUAUGGGAUCCAGACCCACACCUGUGCAGCAGUGAAGUUUGAUGAACAAAAGCUGGUCACAGGCUCCUUUGACAACACGGUAGCCUGCUGGGAGUGGAGCUCAGGAACUAAGACCCAGCACUUCAGAGGCCACACGGGGGCAGGUGUGUUGGUGUCCUCAGGAAUACCUGAAGCCCUUUAGGCCAUUUCAAGCAACAUCUGUCUGCAAUCUAGCCUUGCUAGACAUCUCCCCUAGUUUAGCAGCUACCCUACUCACUCUCCAUGUUGGAUCAGGCUAGUUGCCCAUCUAGUCCAGCAUAUUGUUCUCACAGUGGCCAAACAGAUGCCUGUGGGAAACCUGCAAGCAGGACCUGAGCACAAGAGCAGCCCUCUCCCCUCCUAUGGUUUCCUGCUACUGGUAUUCAGAAGCAUUUUUGCCCCUGACUGUUGAGGCAGAGAGUAGCCGUUGUGGCUACUGACCAUCGAUAGCAUUUUCCUCCAUGAAUUUGUCUAAUCCUCUUCCAAAGCCAUCUAAAUUGGUGGCCAUCACUGUCCACAGCAGGUGCAACUUCCUGAUAUGAGAGAGGGAGAAAAACUUCUCUAUCUACUUUGUCCACCCCAUGCAUAGUUUCGUAAACUUCUAUAAGGUCUUACCUGCCUUUUCUCUAAACUAAAAUGUUCCAAAUGUUGCAGCCUUUCCUCAUGGGAGUUGCUCCAUCCCCUUGAUCAUUUUAGUUGUCCUUUUCUGAAACUUUUCCAACUGUAUAUAAUCCUUUCUGAGAUGAAGCAACCAGAACUCUACACAGUUCCAUGUUGCUUGGGACUGACUCUAGCGUGGGCUUUACAUGUAGAAGGUCUCUGGUUCAGUUCCUGGCAUUGCUAGAUAGUAAUAAUAAUAAUAAUUAAUUAUUUACACCCCACCCAUCUGGCUGGGUUUCCCCAGACACUCUAGGCGGCUCCCACAGAACAUUAAAAACUCGACCAAAUAUAAAACAUUUAAAACUUCCCUAAACAGGGCUACCUUCAGAUGUCUUCCAGAAGUCAGAUAGUUGUUUAUUUCCUUGACAUCUGCUGGGAGAGCGUUCCACAGGGAGGGCGCCACUACUGCCUGGUUCCCUGUAAUCUCACUUCUUGCAGGGAGGGAACCACCAAGGAGUUGGACAUCAGUGUCCGGGCUGAACGAUGGGAGUGGAGAUGCUUCUUCAGGGAUACUGGGCCUAGGCCGUUUAGGGCUUUAAAGGUCAGCACCAACACUUUGAAUUGUGCUUGGAUACAUACUGGGAGCCAAAGUAGGUCUUUCAGGACCGGUGUUAUAUGGUCUCAGCGGCCACUCUUUCAGCGGAUCUGGGAAGGCUCCCUCACAGAGGGAAGCACUCACCAGCCCCCAGAGCCCAUCAGCCAGCCCUUCCCAGCUCACUGUUAUUAGCCAGGAUCGGCAAGGGGACAGGUGGUUGGUUUCACUUGUCCAAGCAGCCUAUCCACAUCCUUGGAGGUAACAGAUUGGAAUUGAUCCCAUGCAACUUGACCAGAAGGGACUCUAGCACUCUCCCGGCCCUGCUCCCAUGGUGGACUCUACCUCUUUCCAAAUCUGAGUGACUUUAUCUGCAAAAAGGUCUCCUGCAAUGAGUUUGCAAAGCUUUUUUUGCAGAUAAAGUCACUCAGAUUUGGAAAGAGGUAGACUCCAGGAGAACAUCCACCACGACCUGAAGCAGCUCAGGCAGGGAAUCUUGGUGCAGUGGAGAGGUUGGUACUCCAAAAGGAAUCCUGUACUGCCCCUAUUGCCCAACUUCCAGAACAUGCACUCAGAAAACUGGGUUUUCCCAACAGGACGCCUGAUGUAAGCUAAUGACUUCCUAAAAAUCACUGCAACCCCACCCCACCCAUAUGACAUGGGUUGCUGUGUAUAAGAGAAACCUGGUGGACAAGCAGCGACAAGAACAGGCCCAUCUGCCUCAUCUAACCAAGUCUCUGUCACACAUGCCAGAUAUGGCUGGGAGAAACUCCCUGUUUGAAACCCUCGAGAGCCGCUGCCAACUCAUGCAGAUAGUCCCUGAGCUACAUGAACCAAUAGCCUGGCCCAGAAUAAGACAGCUUUCUAGGCAAGGGAACCCCCUCCCCUGGCUGCAGUUCUCUAGCUCUAAUCAUUGGGUAGGCAUUACCUAAGUAUGUUUACCGGGCUAUCCUUCCAAACUUGUAAAUUCUACACGUCUAUUACAUGGAAGGGAAAACUCUAAAUUUCAAGGAAGCCAAAUUAGUAUAACUGCAGUGUGACUCACAAUUGCACACACACACACACCCCAAAAUAACUGCAUGAUUACUUUGAUCUGACUUGGUAUAGAGAUCAGCAUGGCCAAUCUCUUUUAAAGUUCCCUUUUCUUUUUUGGCUUUUGUAGUUUUCAGUGUUGAUUACAAUGACGAGCUCGACAUCCUGGUCAGUGGCUCAGCGGAUUUCACUGUGAAGGUCUGGGCCUUAUCAACGGGAGUGUGUCUCAAUACACUAACAGGGCACACGGAAUGGGUCACAAAGGUAGGCUGGGUUAGCUCCCUUCCUGUUUAAAGUUUGCACUGGGUGUCAUUUAUUAAUAGUUGCAUUUAUAUCCCACCUUUCCUCAAAACGCUCAAGGUGGCAUACGUGGUUCUCUCCUUUUGUCCAAUUUUAGCCUCAUAACAACCCUGUGAGGUAGGUAGGUAGGUUAGGUUGUAAGGCAGCAAUUGGCCCAAGGUCAUUUUGUGGCUGAGUGGGGAUUCGAAUUCUAGUUUCCCAGGUCCAGUGCUCUAACUGCUACACCACAGUGGCUAAAAUUUAACUACAAACCAUUUGAGGCCAAAGGUUAUUUGCCAGCUUUGCAUAUCUGGUGCUAGAGGACAAGGUUACCACAUGCAGGAAUAUAGGCAAUCGCUUUUCGCUGAGUCAGACCACUAGGUCCAUCUACCUUGCCUACACUGACAGGCAGUGGCUCACCAGGGUUUCAGACCUUGCGUCUCUCCCAGGCCUACCUGGAGAUGGCAGGGAUUGAACUUGGGACAUUCUGCAUGCAAAGGAAGUACUCAGAGCUACAGUUGCUGGUUCCCAACAUGUGGAGGAAACCAUGAUGUGCGUGCAGCAUUCUAUAUUUUUUUCUUUUUGUAAUACCAUUAGUGCACAUGAUGCUUUAUAGAGCACAAGAAGAUCAAUCCCUGCUCUUAAGAAGCUUACAAAAAUUCAACAUAGGGAAACGAGGAAAAAGGAGGAGAUGGAAACAGGGGUUAACAUUGAAGCAGGUUGUUUCAGUUACGCAGCCUUAAAGCAGGGCAUGAGACCCAGGUGGUUGUACCAUAAGCUUAAUGGGAAAAAGUGGGUUUCAAUACAGCAGAAAUCAUUUUGUGUAAGAAUGUGUAACAACAGAGAUCAUUCUGAAGUAAGAACAAAAUCUUUCUGUACAGAACGUACUGAACGUACUGUACUGAAGUAAGAACAACAAAAUCCAGCUGCACAGUGGGUUAGUUGGAGACAGUGCACAGCCUCCAUUGUGGCUUCUCUUUCUCGGACAUAAUAGAGCAGCAUCUGGCAUUUCUUAUUGUGAGUUAAGAUUUUUACCUCCCGGGACAUAAAUGUGCCUGAACAAACACUGCAGUGCUUUUUUUAGUGACCUGUCUGACAUUUUGCCUCAAGCCUUAGACACACUUUGUUCCUACUGCAGGUGGUCUUGCAGAAGUGCAAAGUCAAAUCUCUCAUGCACAGCCCUGGGGAUUACAUCUUGUUAAGCGCAGACAAAUACGAAAUCAAGGUAUGUAUGGUCUCAGCUUCAUGGAGCUCCAGAAAUCAGGGGGAAUUGCAGGUGUAAAUAAAUUCUGGAAAGUCACAAGCCUUUGCUGGAUUAGACUAGAUCUGUACAAAUCUGAAUCUGACUAGAAAGGUGCCUUCAGUAUUGGCUGGCUAUCAGUAUUCGUUGGCUGGCUUCAGUAUUCAGCUGGCUAUCAGUAUUGUCCACACUGACUGGCAGCAGCAGUUCUCCAGGGUUUCAGAUAGGGGACAUUACUAGCCCUACCUAGAGAUGCCAGAGGAUUGAACAUGAGAACUUCUGCUUGCAAAGCACAUGCUCUGUGUUCCUUUGCCCUAAUGGAUCCUAAGGGGUGAAUUAUUCUGCCCAUUGUCUGCCAGCUGCUUGAUAGUUAGAAGGCUUUUUCAUAAGCAUGUCAAGAGGCAGGUUUUAGAGGACGAAGCUUCCCUUCUGUAGCAGAAGAAGGUAAAGAAUAUUUAUUGCACCCAUAGGCCAGCAUAAGGUAAAAGCACCUACUUAGCAUGACUAACAUGGGUACAUUAAUUUCAGUGGGUCUACUCCAAGUAGAAUGUUGUUGCAUAUAGCCCAAUAGUAAUAAUGGGUUAUCUCAAACUAAGUUAUUCUAACAGUAGACCUGUUGAAAUUAAUGGAUCUAAAAUAAUCACACCCAUUCUUUUCAAUGGGCCUAUUCUGGGUAGAACCAGCAUGGGAUACAGUCCAGUUUUAUCAUCAUCAUUAGUGUGCAUGGUACUUUGCAGUGUAACAUAAGCAAAAAAUAAAAGUACAGGUCUCUGCCCUAAGAAAUUUAUAAACUAGACAGGGGGAGGAAAGGGCUGAAUUGCAAGGCUGAAAGGCAGUUACACAAACUUUUCCCAUAACAACUGCGGGUUAAAAAGAGCUGCACCCAUGAGGCUUUGCAGAUGUUGAAGUGGGAGAGCUUUCCUUCAAGAGAGAGUCAGGGUUCUGGGAGGGAGUUCUUGGCUUGAAGGCCUGCAAGGGAGACUUCACCAAGUUAGCAAAGUGUACCCCCUUUAUCCUUCCCUGUUGCCACAAUCAUUGGUUGAUUGUAUUGUUACAGAUCUGGCCCAUUGGGAGAGAGAUCAACUGCAAGUGCUUAAAAACCCUUACCGUCUCAGAAGACCGCAGCAUCUCCCUCCAGCCUCGGCUUCAUUUCGAUGGCAAAUACAUUGUCUGCAGUUCAGCUAUCGGGUUGUAUCAGUGGGACUUCGCCAGCUACGAUAUCCACAGGUAAACAGUCUGGAUUUGAGGCCAACAUAUGCAGAGGUUGUUGGGAUCUGUAUUUCUCCUCCUCCUCCUCCUCUUUUUCUUCUCUCUCGCUCUCUCUCUUUCUCUCUCUCUCACACACACAUAUAUAUACACGAAUAUGUAUGUAUAUUCUUGUUCUCUGUGUAUGUGCCACAGAAGCUUCAGUAAAGCAGUUAAACACACCAACAUGAAACAGUUGUUUUUAGCAGAGUUCUAGUUGGCACAUGCAAAACACACACUCCAUUUACACACACUAUAUAUAGAAAAGCUUCUUUCUCUCUGGUCCCAGAGAGGGUUCUGUACUUCAAAGUCCUUGCUGAAACAAAGUCCAUUAGCAAGUUCUAACUCUAGUUGCUCAGAAUCCUGCAACUGACUGAGUUCUCCGAGUUUCGUAGUCUGGCAGUUCUCCUUUUCAGAUGAUUUUUUCCCAAAAACUCUUCACACAAAUCCAUAGUUCAACACAUGGCGUUCAACAAUUCCUGCAAUCUCCUAUCACGACCCACACUUUAUACUGUAAAGUGAACCCUUUUACUGUGUACACAAAAUUGCUUGCCAAAUCUGCCCAGUGACAUUGAUAAGAAGGUUACCACAUUCAGCCAGGUGCAUUGUGAGGUAUGAGCCACUAUUUCCAACUCAUGUGGAAUUAACCCAGUAAACACUUUUCUUAAUAGAGGAAACUUAAGUGUUGAUGCUUCCUGAGUCAUGUUCCUGGAGUGUGCUGUGGAGGUCUGGCCAAGAGGUCUAAAGUGGGCAAGCUAAGCCGAAUACCCUGACAAUGUCAGCGAUAACUUGUAAGAGUCAGGUUUUGAAUGACUGGUGCCAUUCCAGAUGGGAUUCCGUUAGUAUCUUGCAUUUACAUGACAUGUCACUUGCAAGACACCAGGAUGCCAGGUUGGUUAAGGAGCAGCAGACUGCAAUCUAGAUCAUAUCAACACCAUUAACAAAAUCAUUUGAAAGAUCAACUCUCCAUUCUUUGCAGCAUUUUCUUCUGAUAUUUGUGGUGGUCUGUUUCUUCUCUCCCCUUGCAGGGUUAUCAAACCUCCUGAAUUUGCGAACUUGUCCUUGCUGGGCUUCGGCGACAUUUUUGCCCUCCUGUUUGAUAACCACUACCUGUACAUAAUGGACUUGAGGACAGAGAAACUGAUCAGCCGCUGGCCACUGCCAGAAUACAGAAAGUCAAAGAGGGGCUCGAGCUUCCUGGCUGGGGAAAUGGAUUGGCUGGAUGGUUUGGAUGGUCAAAAUGACAUGGGCCUGGUCUUUGCCACCAGCAUGCCAGACCACAGUAUUCACCUGGUUUUGUGGAAGGAGCAUGGCUGAAGCAAACCAGCAGGACUACUUGACGAACAAAACCACACAAUUGGGCCAGCCAGCGAUGAGCCAGCCAGAGGAGACUGUGCAUGAACCAAAGCAGCUCACCUUAACAGAUAUCAUCAUGCAAUGCACAAUCAUUUUGCCUUCAUUUUUCCCCUCUCUGUCAUUUUCUGACAAUAGGCAGGGGAGUCGCAACCAGUUGCAGAGAAGAGGGGGUGUUUGUUUUCACUUUGUUUAAGCAUAAUGCAUCAUACAGCAUGCGACUAUCCCCCCACCUCUGGCUCAUGUAUUCUCAUACGUUUGAGCACAUUUUUAACUAUGAUUUUACUUUCCUUCUCUCCCACCCCCCUUUUUUUUGGGAGGGGGGUGGAGGCAGAAGCGGGUUGGAAAUGUAUUCAUAAGAAAGGAUAUUAGACACAUCUCCUUCCCACACCCAUAUUUGUUUAUGAAAGGAAGAAAAAGAAAUGAGGAUGUUAAUCACACACACACAUCUUAUUCACAGCCAGUGUGAAAGAUCUGAUGGCUCUGUAAAAGGGGACCAUGCUGGUCAAUUAAUUUCUUUAGGGCCGGUGUUACUUUUUUAUUUGCCAUGCAUGGAAGGGAUGAACACUUGAGCCUGGAGAACUUACAAGUGUAUGAAUGUGGGUAUUGAACUUGUGUGUGGUUUACUGGCUUCAACAUCCAGGAUUUCUGAAGUCAGGUAUUCACUUGGGACUGUGAUGGUGGUGUGGAGAAACUCACAAACCUGAACUCCACCCUUGAUAUUAUAGAAACGAGCCGGCAAGAUCAAAAGCCAAAUGGCUGUCUUAGGAGGGAUGCUUUGUCUCAUAAGGCAAAUUCUUAGGUCAGGGAUAAAUUGAAUUCUGCAGGCUGAUGAGCUUUUGAUCAAAGGACAGCUCAUGUCAUUAGAGGUUCAAGCAGCUGGUAUACCUCUUUUUAACCCUCUUUUUAAAGAGCUCUUGAAGCCCUUGCUUCUAGUGAGAAAAAGCAAGGGUGUUAACAAGGCCAGUGAGUAGAUUGGAACAGCAGGCACAGCCACACUUUCCUCAAGAAGAGAGUGGGGAAAGAUUGGAAGGAAGUUUUAUAGCAGUGUGUGCCUGCAGCGCUCAUCAGAGGCAGCUACCUCCACAGGCAUUCUGAGGCUUCUUUUUCAAUGAUGACUCAUUUUAAAAGCUGUCAUUCUUUUAAUCGUUUUAUGGACAACAUGUUACCCACACUUAAAGGGCAAAACUGAAUUUGCUCCAGACCCUUACAAAUCCAUUGCAAAACAUAGCUGAAUUGAGUUUGGAACUUUGAAAGUGGAGGUAAGGGUAUGCAGCAGGGAUGUGGUGAUGGCCUUCCCAUCUUCCUGUGCUUCUCAGAAGGGAGCUGGGGCAGAGGUGGUAAGUCUUCCAGCACGUGCUAUAAAAGUUUACACAACAAUUUUAAUUAAAAAAAAUCUGCCUGUUUUAAUUAUUGUCCCAAUGUGAAGUUUUUGGAAAUGAAUGCAUUUGUACUUCUUGGGCAUCUGUGGCGCAGCUUCUCUCACUAGCAGCUGAUAAUGUAUACUACCAUACUGUGUAGAGCAUCAUCUGAGAAUUUCUGCAAAGUAAGGUGCUGUGUAAGGCAGAGAAGCAUAGCAUACUAGUCUCAGUUUGUGUUUCCUAGGCUAUUGGGAUCCCAGGAGGAAGUGUAGAGCAAGCAUGCAAAGCAUAAAUAUCCAAUGACCCACCACCACCAACUUACAUCAGAUUUGGAUAGAAGUUUUUCUGAUCCCCGUCUCCCCCACCCCAGAUCAAGUACAAGAUUUCCUUAAAAUAAAAUAAAAAAAGUUAGAAAGCAAAAGAAAGACUAAAUAAUAAAGCACCACAGUACUGAAGGGACAGUUACUUGCAAUAAAGCCAAAGGCCCAUCUAGUCCAACAUCCCAUUCUCACCGUGGGUGAGUGCUGUGGUCUAAACCACUGAGCCUCUUGGGCUUGCCAGUCGGAAGAUCAGCGGUUCAAAUCCGUGCAAUGAAGUGAGCUCCCAUUGCUCUGCCCCAGCUCCUGCCAACCUAGCAGUUUGAAAGCGCACCAGUGCAAGUAGAUAAAUGGGUGCCGCUGCAGCAGGAAAGUGAACAGCUUUUCCAUGCACUCUGGCACUCGUCAUGGUCUUCCGUGCACCAGUCGCAGUUUAGUCAUGCUGGCCACAUGACGCAUGAAGCUGUCUGUGGACAAACGCCAGCUCUCUUGGCCUAAAGAGCGAGAUGAGCACCGCAACCCUAUAGUCACCUUUGACUGGACUUAACCGUCCAGGGGUCCUUUACCUUUACCUCUCACAGUGGCCAACCAGAUGCCCCAACAAGCAAGACAGGAAUGCCACACAGUAUUGUACAUGCCACCCUAAGCUCCUUUGGAAGGACAUAAAUUGAAUGAAUU